GUGAUGAGCUCCAUUGAGACGCCACGCUCGACGAUUGUCGCCGUUUGGAGCUAAAAGCAACGAGCUCUUCGAUCCUCAUCGCCUCGUAGAUCGACGUUUACGAGAGAACAUGGCAACGGCUAUGUCGUGGCCAAAUGGAAAGAACGAUCUCAUGUUGUCUCACGGAGUAAGAUGGAACACGAGUGUAGAGCCUAUGCGGCCGAGCAAGAGACGAGUGAGCAGCGCUCUGCCAAAUCAUCAAAGACAAGCGACCUAUCCUGUGGUCCAAGAACGACCCGCCACCCUGCCAUUACUAAAAAGGAGGAUCAAAUCCGCUCCUAUCGGUAGACCACUACGCUCGGGAGAUGGCAGUGACAUGGUGUACAGCGAUGUAGUGAGGAGAAGAUUGAAUCCUCUCGAGCGCGUCCCGGCCACUCCAGCGAUUGGUCAGGCAAACCAACAGCGAAGAUGGAACAGUGGAGGAUGGGUGACGAGUGUAGACGACGACGACGACAGCGAUGAUGAAUGGGAUGAUCUGCUGUUCGAAAUCGACGAGGAAAGUUACUGGAACAAAAAGCUGGGCAAGUGUCUUAGCAUCUCACAAAUACCGCUACAUCUGAGGACACGAGCUGACAAACUGGAGUGGUUGAAGUGUCAGUUUCGAUCGCCACGUACGGGAGGAGGGGGUAGAACUAAGCAAAGACCGACGACCGCGCAACUGGAAAGAUUACUUGACGCAUACGAAAACAAGCAGCAACCUCAAGGCGGAGACGACGAGUCCCGCUCGACUGGAAAUCGAAGUAGAAUGAAGAACACAAAAGGAUUCGACUUGGAAGCGGUCGACGAAGGUGACGAGUCGGACAGCGACGGAGAGUUGGGAAACACAAAAUCAGGACGCUGGGGAUUUCUGUCUUCCGUCAGCAAGACGGGCGACAAAGGCAACACUUUUGGUACCGGUAGCAGCGACGCCGACUCCGACCGCACAUGCGCUGUAUGUGAAGGCAACGCUACCGACGGAGCGGAGACGGGAGGAGGAGGAGGAGGAGGAGGAGGAGGAGGAGGAGGAGGAGGAGAUAACAAGGGGAACGGCAUUGGCACUGCAGGUACCCCCCGCGGGGGACCGAUAUCCGGUACCCUUUCACUUAGUGGUGACAAAAAUGGAGUAACGGGCAACGAUUCGGGUGGAAUUUCUAGCAGAUGGGACGACGGCAGAGGAGCUGGUUUUUGUUUGGAACGAAAUGACGGCGACAUGAUGAGGGAAAUGUUGAAUAGGAAGAGAGGAGAACUAACCAACAGUCGGUCGUCUAUGGCCAGUUCUCUAUCAAGCGUGUCUCGCCGUUUACGUCAAAACGAUAUCACCAACAUACAGCAGGCAUACGCAUUUGGAGGCGGAACGCAACUCGACGACUUGGCAGCCAGCACGUCAGCGAGCGCGGUCGGAAACAAGACAGGACGGUCGGGACACCGAGCCGGUAAUGGUACCGAUGACAAUGACAAGGACCAGUCGGGCAAUGCGAUGAGCAAGAAGGCCAGCGGACAGCUCGGUGCAAAUAAUGAUGCAUCCAGUUCGAAGGGCAAACUGUCGUCGUCGAGAAUACGAUGGGCUGAUCUUGAUGGUGUCAAAGACCUCGAGGGUGGUGAUGGCGGUGGUCAGUUCUCGUCGAGGUCUGAAGGUCUGCCGGCAAACACAUCACAGGUUGCUAGGGGCCCUCCACCUCACACAAGACCGGAGGGAUUCUCGUUCUCGUUUGAAACAGAUGACGGCGAGCUGCCGCCUGAUAGUCGAGGUGCAGGUAGGGAUGGCAGUAGACUGUUGUCUAGGAGGAAGAAGCUGAUGCAACUCCCCGAUCUGUACAGUCUGAGAAUUACUAGAGCUUUUACUUAUUCCUACUUUACGUUGCCCAAUCAAUACCGUGAAGAUAAGGAACGGUUUGAGAAAACAGCCUGGCCUCAAGGGAAGAAGAAAUGAAGAAAGACUUUGUUUACAAUUGCAGACUGCUUAAAACGUACUACAGAGGUGAUUAUGAAGAUGAUUUGUGUGUAAAACAAUUGCAGAUUUAUUGAAAUCAGUGAAUGAAAAUUAUUUUUUUGUAAGACUGUACAAAUUUACAAUGAUGAGACAAUUAUCAAAUAAAUGGCAUUAU